AUGGCUUCCCUUCUCCGGCAGAUAGUUGCAGGCCCCCGUGCCAGACACCCAGAAGCAGGCCUCGACCUGUGUUAUGUGACAGAUUACAUUGUCGUCACUUCUGGUCCUAGCUCAGUAUGGCCCAGGAAAGCCUAUCGAAACCCCCUAGAUCAGCUGGUCGGCUUCCUCGAUCGGAAACAUGGCGAAGAUUGGGCCAUCUUCGAGUUUCGAGCCGAGGGCACAGGGUAUCCUGAUUCUGAGGUCUACAACAGGAUCCACCACUUUCCGUGGCCGGACCACCACCCUCCUCCCUUUGCCAUCGUCCCGAACGUCAUGGCUGCAAUGCGCAACUGGAUCCAGCGGGUGGACGAAGACGCGGAUAAAAGCAAGGAUAGAGACAAGAAAAGGGUGGCUGUCGUACACUGCAAAGCGGGCAAAGGCAGAAGCGGGACGGUCGCGUGCUCGUAUCUGAUCAGCGAGGAAGGGUGGAAAAAGGAGGAAGCUCUCCAGCGCUUCACCAUCAGACGUAUGCGGCCUGGGUUCGGCCUUGGCGUGAGUAUCCCAAGUCAGUUGCGUUGGGUUGGCUAUGUGGAUCGAUGGACAAACAGUCUGGGCAAACGAUACGUCGAAAGACCUGUCGAGGUUGUUGAGAUCCAGGUUGAGGGUCUCAGGGACGGCGUUAAAGUCUCAAUAGAGGGUUACGUGGAUGGUGGCCGGCGCAUUCGAACUUUUCACACCUUCAACCGGCAAGAGAAGACCGUGGUGGCAGAAAGCAGCACUAAACAAUCGAAGCCGGCUUCGGACUGGAAGAAGGACAGCGAAAUUCUUAGCACGCCCCAGAGUGCCUCCCCACAAGCGUCUUCGUUGAGCUUGAGGAAGGACUCCCCGGGUUCAAGUCAAAAUGUCAUCCUCAAACCAUCUUCACCCGUCAUACUACCCACUAGCGACAUCAACAUCGACUUUGAACGACGAAACAAAGCUGGGUACACAGGCCUCACAAUGGUGACGGCUAUUGCUCAUGUCUGGUUCAAUGCAUACUUUGAAGGCGGCCACGAAGGGCACAGUUCAGGCGUCUUUGAAAUAGAAUGGGAUGCGAUGGACGGUAUCAAAGGAAGUUCCAGGAAGGGCACCAGAGCCCUUGACAGAUUGAAAGUCGUUUGGCAAUACGCGAAGCAAGAAGGAGAUGGUGCUUCGAUGGAGCGAAUCAUUACGGAGCCCGAGAAGGGCGAGCCGGUCCCAGAAGGACAACCUGCAAAUUGGCAGGGUGAAACCGAUGAAGAGGCCCAACCGGCAGACGGCGUUGACAGCGGCCGAAAAGGAGGUACCGCGCUCACCAUCAGUGCAACGAUCAAUCAAGGAGCGAGCACCUUGGGUAAAGAACUCGGCCUGAGAAAAUCUCAUCCCGACAGUGCAAAUGUCAGUCGCGCGUCGAGCGUGAAGGGCGAAUCUACCACGUCAGACAUGGGCAGCGCUGCACAGCGAGUCGAAGAAUCAGAAGACCAGGGGGUGAAACAAUGUGGUCCAGAAGGCGAGGAUCUCUCAUAUGACGGCUCUUCCGACCCUGAGGGUGGAAGCAGACAAGACACAAAGGCCGGCCAUAGAAUGGAAGCUGGGAUGGCCAAGGUCGCUCACGUGAUCUCCAAAAUGAAGCCCUCGCAGGACAAGGCUGCGGAAAAGGGAGAGGGGACCGACCACCAGGCGCACGAGCAGGAUACAGCAUGA